UCUCUGUCGCCUCCUCCCAACUCCCUAUCUUAACUCUCUCCCUCUCUUCCCUUUCCUCAUCACUCUCCUUCCCUCCCCAAAAAGCUGCCUCCCUCCCCGUCCCCGUCCCCGUCCCCGUCCUCUUCCCCCACCCCCACCACCACCGUACGCGCAGACAAGCCAAAACUUUAACCCACCACCCAGCUACCACUUGAUCAAGCUGCCUAGCCGAGACGUCGGAGACGAGAGCAGCCGCGUCCAACUGUGCAAGAAGCUCAAGGCUUGAAGCUAGCGAGGAUUUCUUACGCAUGCCGCGGCCGGAAGCCUGCCCGGCUAUGGUAGAGAGCAGCUAGAGAGCGGGCGAUACAGGCGCGAUCUAUGGAUCUGGGCGCAUGGCGGGAUUCCCUCUAGGCGGAGGAGGCCACCACAGCCGCGGCGGCCGCGACGACGACAGACAGCACGCUCCCGGCGCCACUAACCCCCCGGAGCCCUCCGCGGCCGCCUUCCUCUACGCCACCAGCGCCUCCCGCGGCGGAUUCCAGCUAUGGCAGCACGAGGCGCAGCAGCAACACCACCACCCUUUCUACGGCGGCGCCUCCUCCAGCAUCAUCCGCUUCGCCGAUGACCCCGCCGCGGGCGCCGGGUCGUCGUCGUCGCGCGGCGGAGGGAGGGGCGCCAGCGCCGGCGCGGGCACCAUCAGCUGCCAGGACUGUGGCAACCAGGCCAAGAAAGACUGUCCCCACAUGCGCUGCCGCACCUGCUGCAAGAGCCGCGGCUUCGACUGCUCCACCCACGUCAAGUCCACCUGGGUCCCCGCCGCACGCCGCCGCGAGCGCCACCACCAGCAGCCCGGCUCCGAGCCCGUCAAGCGCCCGCGAGAAGGAGGCCAGCCCUCCUCCACCACCCCUACCACCACUUCUUCAGGGGAGCAUCAGCAGCAGAUGAUGGCGGCCGACAGGUUCCCGCGGGAGGUGAGCUCGGAGGCGGUGUUCCGCUGCGUGCGGCUGGGCCCGGUCGACGAGGGCGACGCCGAGGUGGCCUACCAGACCACCGUCAGCAUCGGUGGCCACGUUUUCAAGGGCAUCCUGCACGACGUAGGCCCGGACACCUCGCUCGCCGCCGGGGCCCGCCACCAGCCCGCCGAAGGUUCCUCGCCGAGCACAGCAGCUGGUGGCGGCGGGGAAGGCGGAUCCGCAGCAGCAGCCGCAGCUGCCGCCGCCGUCUCGUCAUCGGCUGUGGUGAUGGACCCGUACCCGACUCCCGGCCCCUACGGUUCCUACGGCGGCGCACCCUUCUUCCACGGCCACCACUCGAGGUGAUCAAACGGCCACCUCGUCUCGUCCUACGCUUUAGACGCCAUGCCAUUGUUCGCUUUCUCAUUAGCUCUAAAAUUCUUAGCUCCUACUGGGAUCGGUCGACAUGAUAGCUUCGAUUGAUCUUAUUGAUGCAAACAUAAAUUGAUGUGCUGGUUUUCUUUAGCCCAUCAGGUCAGGUCAGGUCAGGUCAAGUCAGCUCAGCUAAUAAAGCUGGAACUAGCUAGGGAACAAUCAAUCAUUAAAAAUUGAAAUCUGACAGUUUGAUUA